AUGGCUACCAACUCAUCAGACAAUAUUGAUCAGCUCAAUGAAGUGAUAGUAGCCAUGGUACCAUUUCCUGAUUAUAGUCAUCUCAAUCAGCUCUUCAUUCUUGGUCGCUUCAUCGCUUCCCAUAAUAUACCAGUACAUUUCCUCUGCCUUGCUGAUCGGAACCAAGAUUUGAAACUGCACGUCCAAGGAGAUCUCAGGGCCUCAAACAUCCAUUUCCAUGACAUUUUAGUACCUUCUUCUCUGGUAGAAAUAGAGGAUGCUGGAGAUGAUCUGCCUUCGAUUGUACUAUUUAUAAAAAGCCUCGUCGAGCCAAUUAGAAGAACAUGUAUUGAUCUCUCUACCAAUACAAAGAGAUUAGUCUUAAUUCAUGACUCCAUAAUUAUGGAUCAUGUGAGGGAUGUUCAUUCAUACCCGAACGUAAAGUCUUAUAUGUUUCACUCCAUUUCAGCAUUUGCCAGAUAUUCUUUGCUCCGACAAAGUAUUGAUCACAUAGUUGAUGAUGAUGAUCAUGAAGAAAUGAUGGAGAAAAUGCAGGAUGAGUUUCCAUUGUUGGAGAGUUCGGGUGCACAAUUUGCAACAAUGUUACUUAGAAAGGAACAUGAAUGGAAGCUCAACUCGGGAGAAAUCAUGAACUCCUGCAGAGAACUAGAAGGUAAGUACUUAGAUUUACUUGCCAAUGCAAAAGACAACAAGCCGUGGUUGGCUGUUGGUCCACUUCAUAUGCUGCUAGAAUCACACGACUCUAGCAACAGGAGUCGUCAUGAAUGCCUAGAAUUUCUCGACAAGCAAGACGUUAAUUCAGUAAUAUUGGUCUCGUUUGGAACAACCACUACAUUCUCACAAGAGCAAGUCAAUGAGCUCGCGGUUGGUUUAGAACAAAGCGACCAUGGGCUCAUUUGGGUACUACGAGAAGCGGAUAAAAAGAUGGAAAAUGAGAAAUUUGAAGAGAAAGAUAAGAAAAUUGAAUUGCCAAAAGGGUUUGAAGAAAGAAUGAUGGUAAGAAAUUGGGCGCCCCAAUUGGAAAUCUUGGAGCACCCGUCUACAGGUGUAUUUUUGAGUCAUUGUGGAUGGAAUUCUUGUAUCGAGAGCAUUAGCAUGGGAGUGCCUCUAGCAAUUUGGCCAAUCCAAUACGACCAGCCUUAUAACGCUAUUUUGGUAACCAAUGUACCGAAGAUUGGAACCUCUGUGAAGAGUUGGGCUCACCAGGAGGAAUUGGUGACAGCAAAGGCGGUUGAGAAAGCUGUCAAGACUUUGAUGGAUACGACAGAAGGGGAAGAGAAGAGGCAAAGGGCGAUGGAAUUGAGCAAUAAGAUCAAGAAUUCUCUUAGCCAUGGAGGAGUUGCGCGCAAGGAAAUGGAAUCUUUGAUAUCAUGUAUUAUCAAAUAA